CACGUGACCAAGGUCAAUCCAAACUGUAGGCUCGUCGAGGCGGAAUGCACUGACUGUCUGCAAUGGUGCGCGAUGUGAGCAGAGGCGUUGCGCUGCCUCCAGCUCGGUCGGCAGCUAAUAAGACACGUGCAAAGCCAGCAAGAAGGAUCCUGAGCGACUCUGAAGACGAAGCAUCUGACGAGCAGCAAGCUAGCGUAGCGUCGACUAGCGGGAGUGACAGCUACGGCGAGGCCUCUCCUAGGCUUUCAAAACCGUCGAAGAGCGUGUCAGCAGUCGUCAAGGGCAAGAGGCCUGCGCAAGCAGCCCUGGGAAAACGCGCACCCCUAGAGCCAGUCUCACUCAACCGUCCUCCUUCGCGACUGGAGACUGCUACACGACUGCCAUCGAUUAGCGUGUCACAUACGAACGGAAAUGUUUCCUCCCCGCAAGGUGUAGCCAAAGGCAAGAAACGUCUUAGCGGCAGACCGUCCUUAUCGGCCCAAAGACGCGUCUCGACUGCCGCAGGAUCCAGUCAAGCAGAUCCGACAGAAGCCUCUACGUCUCAAGUGGGUUCCCCGUCCGGAUCGUCGGCGGCAAUUGGCAUGGGUCAAGCUCCCGUGCAUCGCGUAGGCGCACUCGCAGCCGCCGCCGCCCGGCGCGUGGCCUCGAAUGUGGGAUCAGCAGACACAGGACCGCCACUGCCGUCGAUCAGUGUCGAGGUCAUGAACACGAACUAUGAAGAAUGGAUGAAGCUUGCUACCGAUAAUAAAAUCAAUUCGAGCAAUACAUGGGCAUUUGCACUUAUUGACUACUUUCAUGACAUGUCGCUCCUGCGCAAUGGACCUGGCGAUUCGUCUAUCAAUUUUCAGAAAGCAAGCUGCACACUCGAGGGUUGCAUAAAGAUCUGGACUUCUCGUGUCGAUUCCGUCGCGACAGAGACGGGCAAGCUGCUGUCUGGUUUGGCAGAUGACGCCUCGCCUUCAUCGCUCGCCGACCAGGAUGACGAAGCAGAAGAAGGCGACGAUCAGGAAGGCGAGGGUACGAACAGGCGGCGAAAGCGAGCCAAACGAAUAGCGCCUACGCUCGCAGAUUCAUAUGACAAGCUCAAAGUCAAAAGCUUCGAUCUCGAGUUUACAGUCGAUCCACUGUUCAAGAAGACGAGUGCAGACUUUGACGAAGGGGGCGCAGCCGGCAUACUCAUGAACCACCUGGGCUGCGAUGAGAAGUUGCGCGUUGUGUUCGACUCGGGCGACGCUGCUGUCGAUGAUCAAGAGCAGGACGAGUCUAGUGAGGCGGCAGGGAAGCCUCACGCCGAGCCAAGCCUUCAGCUGGACUUGACAGACCUCUUCAGCCUGCUGCCUCCCGAUCUGACAGAUCAGGGCGAAUUUGCCGGGAUGAGCAUUUGUCCGAGCAUGGCUGCCUUCAAAUUCUCGGCAGACGAUUCGCUUUUCGACUUGUCUGCGCUCAAGACCGCACUGGGUGCUAACCCUUCUGAUGCUUUACAAAGCAUGGCAGCCGAUUUGACUAGCGAGCGAGGUGCCUCCCUGGGACCGACCAUGGACUUCUUCGACGAUUAUGAUGGCGGCGGCGGGGGCAUGAGCGGGCCAGAAGGUGGCGCGGAUGAGAACGAUGACGGUGCCCACACUUCUCGAGCCAAUUCUCAAGGACCGCUAGAAGCCUUUGAUCCUCGUACUGCGCCCAACGAGCGCCAGGUCAUGCUGGCCAUGAACGAGCGCCAAGGCAACAACGGCGACGAGAUGUUCGACUACUUUGACCAUGCCUUUGCGAAGAACUGGGCUGGGCCCGAGCAUUGGAAGAUGCGGAGAGCUCCUCCGCCCAAGAGGGUUGUGAUAGCAGACGGCGAAGCGAAGACUAAGAAGGACAAGGCGAGCUCUUUGAUCGAUUUCUUCAGCCCAGCUCCAAUCGCAUCGAAGAAGCUUUUCGAGACAUCCUCUGCGUCCACGACUUUGCCAGCAACACGUCGCAAGUCGAAGAAGACAGCCGCUCGGUCGCGCGAUGAUCACACGCUCCCAGACGACAUGCAAUUCAAUUCACGCCAGCUGCUGAGGCUAUUCCUGAAGCCAAGAGCGGAAGUGACAAUGCGGCGGCAUGGCUCGCGCAUUGCUACCGUUGUCACUGCUGCGCAGAAGGAUACUGAAGAGAUCGAUUCGGAUUAUUGGGCAAAACAGGCGAGCCUUAACAAUGCAGCGCAAGUCGGAGACGACUUUGAUGAUGCUGAUCAGGGCAUGCCCGCUUUGCCCUUUGAAUCCCAAUUCUUCCACGAGCCAGGCUACGAACCCGACGAAUUUGAUGAUCUACCGAUGGGCAUGGGCGACGGCGCAGAAGGCGAGAUCGGCGCGGACGCGAGCAUCAAGGAGCAAGGCGGUGACGACCUACUGGCAGCGACGCAACAUGAAGUCAAGCGUGUCAGACCGGAAUUCGUUGAGUAUAGCAAAAAGGCAAAGCGAGUUGACGUCAAGAAGCUCAAGGAGAAUAUCUGGAAAGAGCUCAACAUCUUGCCUCCGCUCGAAGCUGCCCCUGUCGGUACUGUUCAGCCGGCGCGAACAUUCGACAAUGUCAUCACUGGCUUGCGAAAGACAUAUCCAAAGGACAAGAUGGAAGAGAUCAGCACGAGCUUUUGCUUCAUUUGUCUCUUGCAUCUCGCCAACGAGAACGGCCUCAACAUCACGAGCGUCAAGGAUGAUGAUGAUGAUGAGCAGCUGGAUGACUUUGCCGGCAAUCCCGACCCAACGGAUGCCAUCAUUGGAGGUCUUCAGAGCUUGCGCAUCUCAUCGCAAGUGUGAAUGCAUUGUUCGUUGAGCCUACCGGUCUCCGACCCGCCGCAUCUGGGUUGGACUGUACGCGCAUUGGACUCUUUCGCAACUUUGUAUGACUGCCGGACGAUGAGCGAAAGACAAUGGUAUCGGAUGUGCUUACACGCUCGUGGGUAAACUUGCGUACAGAUUGCCGGGUAAUUCGGUCGACCGCCACAUCUGACUGUCAUCGUGCAGCCUUGGUCCUGGAUUCGGUGCUCCGACCAGCUCGCAAUUACGCGCUGUUCGAACUGGACUUCGCAGCAUGUAUGGAACGCCGU